UGAGGCCUCAAUCUGAGUCUUGCAGCUAGAAGACUUGGUGCCUACGCGCUUGACACGCGAGCGAAACCCACCAGACUGCGACCUCCUGGUCCUGGUGUAGUCAAUUGCUCCCCCUUUCCCCGAUGCCUGGCCGCCUCAUCAUGCGGCGGCCGUCCCCGACGACCGUCUCGUUCACUGUGUCGAAUGCUUCCCGACGUACCAGCAGGCCCGCGAAGGUUCUAUUCUACCUGCAGAUCCUGUUGCGGGUGCUAAGUUUUCUUUGCGUGCUCCUACUUGAUGUGGCCAAACUGCGACACUCUUCCUACAUUCAAGAAGCGCGAUUGAUCCCUUGGUCAGCUGUCUGGUCGACUCCGCUCGGCGCCUUCGUUUGUCGCUAUGCGGACAAGUACAGCUAUCCGAUCGUGGGGUUAGCCAGUGCAAUCGUGAUGUAUGGUGUCUUUAGGAAAGGAUACACAGAAGAGUCGCUCCUUGUUAUACGCGGGCUGGGCAUCCAGACCUCUACAUCCUCCAAUACAUAUUUGUCGAAAGCGUCUACGCGAUUCAUACCUACGACACAGAUUCAGGAUAUUGUGAUCCACGAGGCUUUCAAAGGCUUUGAGGUUCGCUUUUAUCUAGCAGUGAUUGUUGAGGGGGAGACGGAAGUUGUUGUGGUUUUCCCUAAUCUUCUUCCGAAUCGACAAAUCCUAGAAGAGGUCUGGAGGGGGUCGCGACGAUGUCUGUAUGAUUCCAAGUCUUAGCAUGCUCGACGCGAAGGGUGUGAACAAUAUAAGGUUCAGUUGCAGAAGCUCGAACCAGAAGAAGGUA